UGGGAAAUCUGGGAAAAGAACACAAAAACGGAAAAGUAGUAGUUCUCUGAAAACUGUCACCAAUGAGAAGAAAAUAAACGGUGCUAUGAAGGAUCAGAUGCUAAGUGCUCAAAAUGUUGAGACUGAAACGUCACCAUUGCCAAAUAUGGAUAUACAAACUCGGGAUAUACGUGCCAGAAGUGAAGGUGCUUAUACUAGACUAACCAAUGAAAAUGCUUCAAACUCUUUCACAUUUGAUGCACCAGACGGUACAUUGGCCAAUGAAACUGCUGUUAAUAUUCACCCCCAAGGAGUUACACAAACCACAAGCACACCUCGGAAAAUUGUACAUGUACGAUCAAUGUCUGAUUUUGGUGUGCCUUACCAACCCGAACCCUCUUCUUUACAACAAAGUCUCCCCACCCCCAGUUUUUUAGACUCUGGGGGAGGGGGUAGUAUCAUCCAUCCAACAGAGUGCUACUUCCCACGUCCCACCCAGGGACAAUCCCUGCUUAACUUUCUGUCUUCUCAAGACUUUCAUACAUGUGCUGAGUUGGAUAAAGAGAACGCACAUUUUAGUAUUUCAGAAGCAUUGAUUGCAGCCAUUGAGCAGAUGAAGUGGAACCAGGUGAUACGUCCUACAAGAGAGUCUGAUAUUGAAUAUGAAUCAGAUGAGGAGAUACAACGAUUAAAACAACGAAUUAGAAUACGACGUCGGGAAAGAAUGAAGGAGAAAGCAAGGGGUUUCCCAGCAUUCAGUGAUGGACGCACAGACACAACUAGCACUUCAUCUCCGCACAGCAUCAACUCCUCUUUGUCUGAUUCAGACGACAGCAGUGACUUCAGUGAGGGUGAAGUACAUGAUCAUGAAGUUGAAGACGAAACAGAGACUACAGGCUCUAACCUGUCUUCCCUGAGAGAGAGUGGACUCUCCCUGUCAAUGGCUUCCAUGUAUUCUGAUGCAGAUCUUGUUAGGCAGAAUCAGCAAUUAAUACAGAAUCCUCAUAGGCCUAGCAUAGAUAGACAGCUGAUUCAACACCCACAUAGGCCUAGCAUAGAUAGACAGGGGUCUUUGACUGAGAGUAUUCAGACAUUGCACUCGGCUGAGACGGUCGCAAUUUCUCUAUUGAAGAGAUUCUCAGAGAACCAGUUGCCAAAAGCCUCUGAUCUUGUGUGGUUAGUCUCGGAACAGGAUGCACCACAAGCUCUCCUCCCACUUCCAAACAGCUUCCCAGUAUCACCAGAUGAUUGGCAGGACGAUAAAAAGAUGCGUAUCCGUGGCAACAUGGAGUGGGCGCCACCUAGGGCACAAAUCAUCUUCAAUGUACAUCCUCCAAUCAAACGGAAGGUGGUUCUUGGAAAGCAGAAUUUCAGAUGUGCUGGGUGUGGUAUGAAAGUAGAGCAAGGUUUUAUCAAGAGAUUCCGAUAUUGCGAAUAUCUCGGAAAAUAUUUCUGCCAGUGUUGCCAUAGUAAUGAUACAGCAUUUAUACCAGGAAGGAUUCUCCAAAAAUGGGACUUUACGAAAUAUAGCGUGUCGAACUUUUCACGGGAUCUCCUAGAGCGCAUGUUCUUUGACCCGUUAUUUAAUAUAUUAGACUGCGGCCCUGGAUUGUAUAAGAAAAGUCGAACAUUGGAACAAGUCAGAGAAUUUCGAAUGCAGUAUUAUCAUCUGGUACCACUUGUCAGAACAUGUAGAUUCGCAACAGAAUUAAUGGUAGUGAUUGAGCAGCAGCCUUCUCAUUGGUCAGAUGACCCACACACCUACUCACUCAGUGACCUUGUGCAGGUGAAACACAGAGAACUUCUGCCAGUUGUAAAGAAACAUGUGACUGAGUGCAUUAAACAUGUGAAACAGUGCCAGUUAUGCCAGGCCAAGGGGUUCAUUUGUGAGCUGUGUAACAACUCCAAUGAUAUCAUAUUUGCAUAUGAGUUGAACAGAGUGAUGCAAUGUAUUGACUGUAAAGCCUGCUACCAUAGUGACUGUUAUAUACCAGAUAAAUGUCCCAAAUGUUCCAGGCUUGAGCUAAGGAGGAGCAGAUUGGCUGCAAAGACCCCUUCUAAAGAUGAUGAAAACAGCUGACAGAACUCUAUAGCAACCAGAUAAUCUCUACAGCAACAUCCUUAUAAGGAUAAAUUGUUAUUGCUAUGGCAAUGGCAUAAUAAUCGCUAUAGCAGUUUAAAACAAUCAUGCAUUGGCAUAUUGAUUAAUGCCAUAGUGUGAUUAAUGCCAUUGAGCAGCUUAGUGCUCAAAUGGGAAGUUUUCAAGUUCAACAUAUCACCAUAAUAUCAGGAAUGAGACUUAUCAUCACUGUUUAUGACAAAAGAUGGCUCUGUUGGUCAGAUUCAGCCCCAGAAAGAAUCUUUUUAACACUACAUUUAACCAAUGCUGCCCUGAGGGUCAGAGCUACUUUAAUGUAGAUAAAGCUCUCUUUUGAAAGAAAAAUUAAAUCGGAAAAAGUAUGCUCAACAUGAAUGAGAGAACAGAACCAGAAUAUACAUGUUGAUAGGGUCCCAUAACAGUGAUCUCCCCAGCAUUA